AUGGUUUGUCAAAAUCCCAACCCUUUGCAAGAAGAAAUGCUAACUCAUAUCCAGCACCUCCCGCUUGAAGUGCGCGAGAAACUUGCGCUCCUCCCCGAGUCUCCCUCCCGCGAAGAGCUAUAUGUGGUCUGGACCCACCUCUUACAGAGGUAUUUCCCCUUCCCCCUCCCUGGUUCUCUGCCCAACCUUCCCGAUCUUCCUGACGAGACCGAGGUAAAGUACGCUCUAGGCAACCAUCAGGAAUCCGAGGCCCCUCACAUCUCCCUCACCGUCGGCCGCGAAUACAGCCCCUUUGAUCGCCUGAACUUCCUGCAUCUCUUCUGCCAGGCUGCGCCGAAGGAAGAAUGGCACGUCGCAGAACUGCAGACUAAGUUGAAGGAGGAGAUGAUGAAGUCGUCUCACUGUCACAUUGCACGGGGCCGCGGGAUGACAAUACACGGCGCGAUUGUCGUUGGUCGUGAGGUCCAGUUUUACAAGCUGAAGCGCGACGGCUUGUUCGAAUGCAUGACGUGGCUGGUCCAGGGAAAGCAGAGUCUACAUAUCCUCCAGGAUAUGCGGAUUAUUACCGCCCACCUCAUGCAGAUAAGCUAUGAGGUGAGGAUCUGCGAUUGA